GUGCGCAGCGAGUGCCCCUUGGGGCAGUUGUUGGCCCGUGAGGCUGCGCUGGGGCGGGAGAUACGUGCCCUCGACAGUGACAUGCAGACGCUGCUCUACGAGAACUACAACAAGUUCAUUUCUGCCACUGACACCAUCCGAAAGAUGAAGGUUGACUUCCGGCGCAUGGAGGCAGAGAUGGAUGAUUUGGCUGCCAACAUGGCCGCCAUCAGCACCUCCAGUGCCCGUGUCAGUGCUGCGCUGCAGGACCGGCACCGCCGCGGCGCCCAGCUUGCCGGUAUGGGGCCUUGGGGAGACCCGAGGGGGUUAGAUCUUGGGGCUUGGGGGCAGGCCCUGCGCUGCCACGCCCGCGCCCGCGCUGUGCUCCGCCACUACCGCCACCUGCCCUCCUUCCGCGCCAUCGAGGACGAGAGCCAUGCCAUCAUGGCCGACCUGGCCCAGCGCCUCCGCGCACGCCUCCGGGAUGACACCUUGGACCCCAAGGAGCUCACCGAGUGCGUGGAGAUGCUGUUGCAGCUGGAGGAGCCACCUGAGGAGCUGUGCGAGGAGUUCCUGAGCCACGCUGGCGCCCGCCUCGAGGCUGAGCUGGCAGCCCUGGAGGCCGAGCUGCCCCCACUGGCCACACCCUCCUCUGUCCUUGGCCAGCUCAAGGCCGUCCUGGCUUACGUGCAGCUCUUCACCGCCAAGGAUGUCGCCUUCGCCAGCCUGCCCUACUUCAAGGGGGAGUUCUGCGUGGAGGCAGUGCGCGAAGGGCUGGUGGUGGCCUUCGUGCGCUGGCUCUGCCGCACCGCCCGAGGCUUCGCUGAUGGCCCGGCUGAGCGGGGGGCCCCUGCGGCACCCCCAGCCCUGCUGCUGCUCCUCACCCGCCUCUGUCUGGACUAUGAGGCCACCACCAUCAGCUACAUCCUCACUCUCACCGACGAGCAGUUUCCCCCCCAGGACACGGGCCCGGCGGUGACACCAGGACCAGCACUGUGCGCAGAGGCACGGGGGGCUGCACAGCGCCUGCUCGACCACUACGUGCAGGUCCAGGGUGCUGCGGUAGCACAGAUGCUUAGUAAGGGCGUGGAGACACGAGACUGGUUGGGCACCGUCGAGCCCCGCAAUGUUCGUGCCGUCAUGAAGCGUGUGGUUGAGGACAUCACCGCCAUCGAUGUCCAGGUUGGGGCAACACCAGGAGCCCAAAGGGGCUGGGAGGGGCCUGAUAGCAGUGACUCGAGCCGGCGCGCCUUCUCCGUCUACAGCAGCUCACGGGCACCCGGGCGCUACGCCCCCAGCUACACCCCCAGUGCCCCCAUGGACACCCACCUGCUCAGCAACAUCCAGAAGCUUUUCUCCGAACGCAUUGACAUCUUCAGUCCUGUCGAAUUCAACAAGGUGUCGGUGCUGACAGGGAUCAUCAAGAUCAGCCUCAAGACGCUGCUGGAGUGCGUGCGGCUGCGGACGCUGGGGCGCUUCGGGCUGCAGCAGGUGCAGGUGGACGGCCAUUACCUGCAGCUCUACCUCUGGCGCUUCGCCGCUGACGAGCGGGUGGUGCAGGGGCUGCUGGAUGAGGUGGCCGCCAGCGCCGCCCACCGCUGCCUCGACCCCGUCCCCAUGGAGCACAGCGUCGUCGAGCUCAUCUGUGAGCGCGGGUAGGACGUGGGGACACACAGGGGCGUGGGCUGAUGUACGGGACAUGGCAUCACGUAGUGGGGGGGACACAAGGACAGGCACAGCCCAGCGGGGACAUCUCUGGGAGGGGAGCAGCAGGUCUUCCGUCCUGUUACAUAUCUGGGGACACACCUGUGCUGUGUGGGUCCCCACACGUACGUGGGGACACUCCAUGUGUCCUCCCCCACACGGCAACAUGCAAGGAUGUCCCAUGUCCCCACAUACAGCAACACGCAGAGACAACCCCUGUCCCCACACCAGGUCACCCCCUGUCGUCACCCCCCCACACUGGUAACACCCCACAUUGUCCCUCCACCCCAGUGACACCCUCAACGUGUGCUGACACCCCGUGCUGUCAUUGCGGCCCCAGUGACAUACCGUGUCAUCCCCCCACCUUGGUGAAAUCCCCUCGUGCCUGGGCGCAGCCCCUUUGUCACAGUUGGGGACAAUAAAUAAAACGUGUGAGCUGUG